AUGCAUACCCUCGCCGCGACCUACACCGUCGCCGCCGUUCCCUCCCCCCGCCGAGAUUGCGCCCUCCUCGCCUGCGGAUCCCACCACCGCGAACGCAUCACCGCUCCCCCCCUCCUCCCGUCGUCGAGACCCCCCGUCGCCGCCUCCCCCUCCCGCUGCCGCGACACCUCGUCGCCGCCUGCUCUUCCCACCGCCGCGACCUCUCGUUGCCGCCCCCUCCCCCCUUACCGCCGCCGCGCCUACUUCGGCGCCGCCUGCGCAUCCCGCCGCCGCGCCUACUUCGGCGCCGCCUGCCCAUCCCUCCGACGCGACGCCCCGUCGUCGCCUCCCCUUCCCGCCGCCGCGACGCUUCGUCGCCGCCUGCCCGUCCAGCCGCCGCGACUUCGCGUCGCCGCCUGCACGCCCCGCAGCCGCGACUUCGCGUCGCCGCCUGCACGCCCCCGCCGCCGCGACCUUCUGUCGCCGCCUGCACAUCCCGCUGCCGCGACCUACCGUCGCCGCCUGCACGUCCCGCCGCCGCGACUUCGCGUCGCCGCUUGCACGCCCCACCCCCGCGACCUAAAGCCGCCGCCUGCACGUCCCGCCGCCGCGACCUCAAGUCGCGCCUCCGCAUCCCGCCGCCGCGACCUGCUCGUCGCCCCCUGCGCGUCCCACCGCCGCGAUUUCGCAUCGUCGCCUCCCCCCGCCGCCGCUCCCGCAAUUUCCGCUGCCACGACUGCACCGCCAGCCGCCCGCAUCUCCGCCGCCGCGACCACACCGUCGUCGCCCGCGCUUCCCGCCGCGGCGCCUCCUUGUCCCCGCCUGCCCACACCGCCCCCUGCGGAUUUUGCCACCGCGGCAGCCACUUCUACAGCAGCAGCCGCGACCCUUGCCGCGGACCGCUCGGCUGUCAAUUGGCACUCUUUCGUCGGGAGCAUCCGCCGUAUCCUCCAGGACGCCUUCGUCGGACCCUACUGCGUCCUCGACGUCCUCCUCCGCCGCCCGCACGCUCUCCAGCCCACGGCACCCAUUCACCCCGGUGAACCCCCUCCUCCCUCCAUUCCCCCUAGCCCUCCUCCUCCUGAACCUACCUUGGUGAUCGCCGCUACUCCAGAACUCCAGGAGGCCGCUGAUGCCACCUUCCUCCACGAUCGCCGCGAGUACCUCAUCCGCAAGGCGGAGCAUGAAGUUGCGGUGCAUCAUCACGACUUUGCAAUAGCGGAACGUGCCACUCGCCUGGCGUUACUUGAUGAGUAUAACACGGCCAUGGCGGACUACCUCCCCAAGAGCAUCGCAUGGGCCACCGCUGACAACCGCGCCUGCACCAUCCUCCUCGGCGCACUCCCCGACGCCCUCAUGCGCCGUUUUCAAGCUCGCGAGAUGCGCGCCUCCCUCAUUUGGGCCGAGCUCCAGGCGAUGUUUGAGCGUCGCGACAUCAGCUCGGUCGGCGUCCUUUUCCAGGAGUACUUCUCCAUCACCAUCGCUACGUGUGACGGCGCAGUUGACUAUGUGGGGCGCAUGCAGGAGGUCGCUGAUCGCCUUGCGGCACGCCAAGCUGCCCUCCCCGAACCACUCCAAAUCCAUCGCCUCCUCUACAACCUCACUCCGGACUACGAGUCCCGCCUCCAUGCCUUCACUGAGGCAAACUCCAUGGCUGGCCUCAACGACGUGGUCCAGUGGAUCAUUGACACAGAGGUCAAGCUCCGCACCCCCAUUGUCAACCUCACCACCCCACAGUCCUCCUCCUCCACCUCCCUCAAUACCACGCAGCCGCGCAACCAGGGUGGUCGCAACGGCGGCGGUGGAGGUCGUGGGGGGGGCGGCAGUGGCGGUGGCGGUCGGGGCGGUGGUGGUGGUGGUCGAGGUGGCCGUGGUGGUGGAGGUGGUAGUGCCACUCCUGGAGGUCCUGCUUGGGCUGGUGGUACUUGUCCCUGA